GUCUCAAGUCUCGAGGUUCAGGUGCAUUCGGCGUGAGUCUUGCCCAAAAAACCCCGCCACACGUGACCACACUGUCGCCAAAAGUAUUGGUUCCCACACGAUCAAAAAUCGAUCGCGAACUUUUACUUUUUGGCACACCGAACAACCUCACCACCGAACUCGAAGGUUUCAGUCUCCGCCCAAUUUGCGGUUAAAGUGAUUGAUUUCUCGUGUUCUCUUCCAACUUCAGAUAAACCACUAUCAAAAUGAAGCACCUCGCAGCUUACCUUCUUCUCGGCCUCGGAGGCAACACCUCCCCCUCUGCCGCCGAUGUCAAGGCCGUUCUCGAGUCCGUUGGCAUUGAGGCCGAUGACGAGCGCCUUAACACCCUGAUCUCCGAGCUCGAGGGCAAGGACAUCCAGGAGCUCAUUGCCGAGGGCUCUGAGAAGCUCGCUUCCGUUCCCUCCGGCGGUGCUGGUGGUGCCGCCGCUGGUGGUGCUGCUGCCGCUGGCGGUGCCGCUGAGGAGGCCAAGGAGGAGGAGAAGGAGGAGGAGAAGGAGGAGUCCGACGAGGAUAUGGGCUUCGGUCUCUUCGACUAAGCGAUCUCCAUCUAAAGAUCUGCACGGUUACGCCCCCUCACGAAUUUCGAAGAUGCUACGCACGGGUUGUUUACCAGUUCUUACGUGUCUCUGGCGCGGAUGGAUUGGCCACUCAUGGCUGGAUUGGGUCUCUGUAAAAAUGGGAUAAAUACGGUCUAUGAAAAUUAAAAAGGCGGUUCGGCUCUUCGAAUAUUUGGUUACACUGUGAAUGAUCUUGUGUGAAAGCAUGUCUUGGUGUAUUGUCAUGCUUGGUGAAGCCACACCAACUGGUUCUAAUUAGGGUUUCUGGCAUACCAUACUUUGUCAAGUAUGACUGUUCGGUCUGGCGGCGUGUGGCAUCACACAACUUACCCUAUGACUGAUGAUGAUAUAGAAAUGAUUCUCAUUUCUUUGGCCAGUUCCUCUGGGCGUAAAACCUCGAGGCCUUGGUUCAGGGGCCCAACGACGGUGAGUGAACCAACCUCCUGAGUUCAUUGUGAAGUCGUCAGUACAGUGCCGUGUUUCAUCACCUCAAUGACCCUCAAAUUUAUUGGCAUUUUCUAAGCAGUUGGCUGUUUGUGCAUAACAUUGGCUUGCUUGGUCAAACUGCACUGAUCAUUGCUCGACCAUGUGGUAUUAGGCGAUGUCCGUAGUGUGCAAACAUCACGAGUCUCGUCAGUCAAUCACGACUUGUUACAAGUCGUCAAGCGUUUUCUUUGUUCUCAUAUGACCUCGGCGGCUCAAGUCUCUCUUCAUCUGAUGAUCAAAUUGAGGUUGAGGAUCUGAGACUAGGCAUUAACCUCAGCAAUUUCAGUACCAACUGCGAAUUCUUUGUUGUUUCGAGUCAAUCUCCCAGUGCACGAUUCAAUUUCAUCUUUUCCAAGUCUUUGUUUUCCAGCAGGUUUCGAUGAGUUUUGCAUCUAUGGUUGGUGCCUUUACAUCUUGAAUUUGGUACACUUUAAUAAACUCAU